UGUUCUCCUUAUCGUUAAUACCCCCUUCUCAGGGUUCAGUCCCUUAUCGUAAACACCCCCUUCCCUUUUUCCCACUCUUUUUAAUCUCUCUUAUUCUCCGCUACCAUUCCAUGGUCUGCCAUACACCAUUACAUGGAAGAGGCAUGCGCGUUUUAGCCAAAAAGGUAUUCCUAUUCCCGUCUGGGCGCGCCGGGAUUCGUGUCUGUACUGAUGUUCAAGACCAAUACCAACCUCACUGCCAGGAUUUUUCACCGUCAGAUUCUCACUCCCCGCCCCAGCACCAGUGUUCACUGUGCAAGGCAAUUCUAUGAGAAUUUGGUUCCAAAUUGUACCAUUUAUAAUGUUGACUGCCCAGACCAUUCUUUCCGCAAGUUCACAGAUGAUGGUCAGUACCUCAUAAGUAUCAGCAGGAAUCAUCAGGAUCUGAUUGUAUAUAGACCGACAUGGCUGUCAUUUUCAUGCAAGGAAGAGAAUUGUCAUUCUCAUGACCUGCCGCCCAAAGCAAAGAGGUUUGAUAGCUUCUUCACUCAGCUCUACUGUGUAUCGCUUGCAUCCAGCAAUGAGCUUAUUUGCAAGGACUUCUUUCUGUACGUGGAGAGCAACCAGUUUGGCUUGUUUGCAACUUCAACCGUGCAAAUUCAGGAUGCACCUGCUACUGGAGGAGCAAUUGAUGGGGUCCCAUCAAUAGAAAAGAUUACUUUUCACCUUGUGAGAUUGGAGGACGGAAUUAUAUUGGAUGAGAAGGUUUUCUGUAAUGAUUUUGUCAAUUUGGCCCAUAGCACGGGGGUUUUCUUGUAUGAUGAUCUAUUGUCUAUCAUGUCUCUUCGCUACCAAAAGAUACAUAUCCUCCAAAUUCGAGGCUCCGGGAAUCUUGUUGAUGUAAGAGUAAUUGGGGCAUUUUGUCGAGAAGAUGAUGAACUUUUCCUCAAUUCCCAUGCUCAGUGCAUGGCAUUCCUGGACAAUAGUAGACAGGAUGAAUCAUCUACAGUUGAAAACGGCCAGCAACAUCACCAGCAUAUACAAGGGGGUUCUUUCUUGAGUGGUAUCAAACAGCGGUUGCUCUCAUUUAUUUUCCGCGGAAUAUGGAAUGAAGAAACAGAUCAUACUCUGAGGGUACAAAGCCUGAAGAAGAAGUUCUACUUCCAUUUUCAAGAUUACGUUGACCUCAUAAUGUGGAAGGUUCAAUUCUUAGAUCGGCACCAUCUGCUAAUCAAGUUUGGUAGCCUUGAUGGAGGGGUAUCUCGCAAUACUGAUCAGCUUCCCGCAUUCUUUGCUGUGUACAACAUGGAAACAACUGAGAUAAUUGCAUUUUACCAGAAUUCCGCAGAUGAACUAUACCACUUGUUUGAGCAAUUUUGCGACCAUUUUCAUGCAACAUCCAGAGCUUCAUCGCAUAUGAACUUCAUAUCAUCUCAUUCCAAUAGCAUUCAUGCUCUUGAGCAACUUAGGAGCUUCAAGAAUAAAGCUAGUAAUAUGUCACAGGUAACCUUCUCCCUCAGAGAAGCGUUUGUGAAGAAGUUGAUGGCCUCAUUGCCUUUCAGUUGCCAGUCACAGAGCCCUUCACCCUAUUUUGAUCAAUCACUCUUCCGGUUUGACGAAAAGCUAAUUUCAGCAACAGACCGACAUAGACAGUCUACUGAGCAUCCCAUCAAGUUUAUUUCAAGAAGGCAGCCAAAUUCCCUCAAGUUCAAGAUAAAACCAGGUUUUGAAAUAGGUCCCGAAGCUGGUGAAGUGGUUGCUCGGCCAAAGAGAAUCUCUUCGUUCCUAUUCCACCCAAUCUUGCCUUUGGCUCUUUCUGUCCAGCAGACAUUCAUGCAACCAUCCGUGGUGAAUAUCCAUUUCCGGAGAUGAAAUAGGAUGAUUGUUGUUAUAAUGUAACGGAAGAGAACUAAGCAGCACUGCCUAUUUUUUAAGUGUUGCUGAGGGUGUCAUUUGAUAGCAGCCAACGGCAGUCUAUAGCAAAAUUUGUAACCAGUAAUCCAGGUCUGGCAAUGGUUUGCUGAGCAUCAAUCAGCCUGUCUUAGUGCUUUUUUGGAUAAAAGCAGUGCUGUGCUGUUGCAUUGGUCCACAAUGUUUAAGCGAGCUUUGUGGGCUGCCAAUAUCCCAUUCUUUUGUUGGGGACCAAUCUCUAAGGAUCCCAUUCUUUCUGAAUGGGCCACUGCUAGCAUGUUUGUUUACAACCAAAUCUAGUGAUGAAUGGUUUACAAUUGAAUAGAAGCUACGUAGGAUAGGUGGAAUCCAAGAUGUGAAUUCUACCGGCAUUGUUGAAAAAUGGGUUUCAUUUUCAGAGUUUUGCUUAUGUCGGAAGUAGAAUCCCAAAUUCAUAGAUGAGUCACAUCCUAUCUUAAGUUAGGGAAAUGCAAUAUAUGAAUUAAGGCUAAUGAUUACUUUAUAAAAUUCAUGGUUUGGAUUUCCAAUUUAAAUCAUGAUGAGAUGAAGUUGAUCUGAUCCUGGAAACAGUAUAAUUUCAUUAUUGGUUUAAGCAUGUAUGAUGAGAUGGUGACAACUGGGCUGGGCUCUCCUUGUUUUGACCAUUUAAAAAGUUGGAGGGAUGCAUUUCUUUUGUCUUGA